UUUACGCGGACGCUCCCUAAGACAAAAACGUCCCUGCUGGGAGGCAGCUGGUUGCAGACGGCAGAGACGCCGCGCUACGUGGCCGUGCUUGGCUUUACCUGCGCUCUUUGUCACCCUUGGUUACCCCGGGAGCGGUCUGCCCGGCGGAGGGAGGCCGAGGCGAGUCGGCGGCACUGGGCCUGCGCGCGUACGGCGGCCGGAAGGGGCCAGAGGCGGCGCCGCGGGUGACAGCGCGAGCCCCACCCUUUCCCCACGUGUCUGCGGAGACCGGAGGGCAGGGAUGGCCUCCAGGCGCAUCACCCAGGAAACCUUUGAUGCGGCUGUGCAUGAGAACAUGGAGGAGUUCGAGAUGAGCCCUGAGGAGGCCAUGAGAGAGGCGGUGGAGCAGUUUGAAUCGCAAGGGGUGGAUCUGAGCAACAUCGUGCAGAUGGCGCCCAAACUCUCUGCAGAUGGAGCCCCAGAGCCCGGGCAUGGCGUGCUGCAGGCCCUGGAGGACCUGCAGGAGUCCGUGGUCCGCUCCUGCUCCCAGGACCUGUCUGUCCACCUGGCCCGCUUCUGUGAGCAGUGCAGACAGCACAAGGCCUGCCGCUUCCUGGCCGCCCAGAAGGGGGCCUACCCCGUCCUCCUGGCUGCCUGCAAGCUGGCCGCCACAGGUGACCCGGGCCUCCUGCUGCAGGCCCUCCACGCCCUGGCAGCGCUGACUGAUGGCCAACCUGACCUCCUAGACACCCAGGGCCUGCAGCUGCUGGUGGCCAUGCUCGCUAGGAAUGCUGAUGCGGCCGACCUGACCUGCUCGGGGCUCCGCUGUGUGCGGCACGCCUGCUUGAAACAUGAGAAGAACCGACAGGGCCUGGUGAAGGCCGGCGUGCUGCCCCUGCUCACCGGGGCGAUCGCCCGGCACGGUCACCAUGCCGACGUGGUCAGGGAGGCCUGCGGGGCCCUGCGCAUCAUGACGUUUGAUGACGACAUCCGCGUGCCCUUCGGACAGGCCCACAACCACACCAAGAUGAUCGUGCAGGAGAAUGAGGGCUUGAAGGUGCUCAUCGAGGCCACCAAAGCGUUCCCCGACAACCCUGGUGUCCUGAGUGAGCUCUGCAGCACCUUGUCCCGCCUGGCCAUCCGCAACGAGUUCUGCCAGGAGGUGGUGGACCUGGGUGGUCUCAGCGUGCUGGUGACUCUGCUGGCCAGCUGCAGCGACCACCAGGACCUCGUGAAGCAGGUGCUAAGCGCCCUGCGGGCCAUCGCAGGCAACGAUGAUGUGAAGGAUGCUAUUGUCCGUGCUGGCGGGACCGAGUCCAUCAUGGCUGCCAUGAUCCAGCACCUCGCCAGCCCCCGGGUGUGCGAGCAGAGCUGUGCGGCCCUGUCCGUCCUGGCCCUGCGCAAGCCUGAGAACAGCCGCGCCAUCGUGGAGGGUGGCGGGGCUGAGGCGGCACUGCAGGCCAUGAAGGCGCAUCCACAGGACAUCGGUGUGCAGAAGCAGGCCUGCAUGCUGAUCCGGAACCUGGUGUCCCGGAGCCCUGCCUUCUCCAAGCCCCUCCUGGAGCUGGGGGCUGAGGCACUUAUCGCGCAGGCCCGGGCGGCCCAUCCAGACUGCGAGGGCGUGACCAAGGCUGCCCUGCGGGAUCUGGGCUGCCACGUGGAGUUCCAAGAACUGUGGACAGGCCAGAAGGGCAACCUGGCACCGUGACCCCAGUCUCAGUCUGGGCUGUGACCUUGGGUGAGUCAGGUGAAGGGGAGCUCUGUGCCCUGCUGCUCUGCAUCGUGAGAAGCGUUUGCUGCAAGUCACUGGUCGGGGAGGGGAGCGUCUAUGGGGACAUGCACCUGGCAGAGAGCAGCCCCUGCCUCCCAUCCGAAAGCCCUUGCAGCGUUUCUUGGGCAAAGGGCACACUGGCCACUCAUGUCUGUCUGCAGCUCGGGAGUUCCCUGGCAGGGCUGGCUGCUCCACUGUGUCCAUGCAGGACCCUGCUGCUCAUGUCUCACUGUAAGUGAGUGUGAGGGCUGGGUGCUCUGGGGCAGAGCACCUGCCAGGUGUGUGGCAAGGCUCUGGGUCUUGGGCUCCUCACCCCGCCUCCCCUGUCCCCAAGGCCCACACCAGCACCGUGGUGGCAGUAAAGGACCACUGCAUGAGCUUGGAGGCGCUCUUCCUCUUCCGUAGCCCUGCUGGAGGACAUGGGAGGCUGUGGGACCCGCCUGGUGCGGACGACCUGCCCCCAACUCUGCUGGGUGGCCUGGAGCGGCCCCUGACCUCUCUGAACGUCACCUGUGAAAGAGAAGUGAGCCUGGGAAGGUGGACAGUGGGCAAGCAGCAGGUCCCCUCCGAGGGGAGCUGGCCAGGCUGGGUCUGUCUCCAGUCUGACCCCAGGAACUACCAGCCGCACCAACUCAGGCACCCCAGGAGAGCCACCCACGCUGGUCCAGGCCACACCAUAGUCCCCAGCACUGGGUGUCUCGGGCAGCCACUUCUCCUCGCCAAGCCUCUGAGCCUUUCCCCAGAUGUGGGGUGGAUAUGGUCGGUAUCCCCAACACCCCUCGUCCUGGCACGGUGGAGGCCCCAGGCAGGUACUGUGGCACUGCAGACCAGCUGUCCUGCUGUGGAGGUCACACCAAGGUCACCAGCAGCCCACCCGGCUCUUGUGGGCCCCGUGGGGUCAGAGCAGCUCAGGGUCUUGAGUGGGUGCUGCCCCCCCACCCCCCGCCCACACCUUGGAGGCGUCUCCCGUUUGAGGCCCCCACCUGUCACGCACCUCCCCCACCCCAGGAGGGUCUGAGCUCCAGAGGUCCUCCAUCUCAGCACUGUCCUUUUCCAGAAGGCUCCGGUUGCCAUAGAAAUCAGCCCAUGCACAUGGCAUCACCCUGGUCCCACCUUCCUGGACAUCUGAGCCUCCUCGCCCCCAGCAGGGAGGGGCCCUGGCAGCUCAGAGGGCAGAGGUGAACCUCUGGGUCACACAGGAUGUGGGUGAAGGGCUUCUGAGCCAAUCAUGUGUGGCCCUGGGCAGCCUCGGGUCCAGGUCCCUCGCUGCAUGGGGAUGGGUGCUCCUGAGCUGUCUCCAGGGAAGCCUGAGGUGCAGCCUGUGAGCCCUGCCCCAGUGCCCUCCACGUAGAACCAAAUCGCACUCUGUGCCCCACAGGCCCAGCACGGUCCGGACUUGGCCUGCCUCCCUCCUUCAUCUUCCCCACCCCAGGACCUUUGCACAUGCCAGGCUGGAACUCUUCCUGCCUGUUCAGGGCACGCUGGACCCAUCACCCCAGUGCUCCUCCACCUCGUGGGUGACUGCUCCUGUUUGUGCCAGCCAUCUGUGAGCCGCUGUGGCAGGGGACUGUCCCUCAGCUUCCUGUCAGUGUUUUGAAGUUCACCUGAAUAAAUGGAGAAGCAGGGUAGCAGUGCAGUGUGGUGGGUGAGAUGUUUUCCCAGCUCCCUGCCAGCUUCUUCUGCAGGGGUUCUUCCUCUUAUCAGCCCUUCCCACCUUGGCUUGAGGAAGUGUGUGUUUUCAGUGGGUAUGGUACACAGGUGGUCACACAGGCCCAAGAGUCCCCAUUAACUGGGUCCAGCAAGCUUGGGUUCCCGUCCCCCCUUGGCCACUGCAGACAU